GAAAGGAGAAAAACAAAUGGGUAGGGUUAAAUUACAGCUUAAGAAGAUUGAGAAUAAGACUUACAGGCAUAUCACCUUUGCCAAAAGGAAAAGUGGGCUUAUCAAGAAAGCUUAUGAGCUUUCAACUCUCUGUGAUGUGGAGCUUGCUCUUAUGAUAUUUUCCCCUGCUGGAAAAUUGAUUCUUUUUGAUGGAAAGAAAAGGGUCGAAAAAAUCCUUAUGCAUUACAUCAAUCUCCCUGAACAUCAACGUGGACGGCUGAAUGAUGAAGAGGUGGUCCGCCAGAUUAUUACUCAAAUGUGUCUCGAAGCUGAGCUCCGCCAUCAAAUAAUCUCAUCUGGUGAUAGGGAGGGCAGAAUGAGUAUUGAUUCUCGAUUGGAGGAACUUAAAACUGAGAUAAGUUUUCGCCAUGCUGAACUGGAAGAAGUGGAGAGGCAAUUACAGUUCUUUGUAAGAAGUCCAAGCUCCAUCAAAACAAUAAGUGAAGCUGAGAGCCAUGAGCAGAUCCUGGAAGAAACUUUGAAACUCGUUAGUAUUCACAAGGAAUCCUUGGAAGCAAAAUUGGCUAUCCAGCUGAGUUACAAUUUGGAGAAACCACUGCAUCUCCCGAAUGCAAGUUUGAUGUUCGGAAAUUAUUUCUUGAACUGGCCUCAGCAACAUGAAACACAAUUUCUGGCUUCAAAUUUUGCUGAUUCAACUCCAUUUCAGCCCUUGAGAAAUCAGUCACAACUAUUCGGGGAAACGCUUCAGUCGCCGUCGCCGUGUCUUCAUAGCAACCAGUACCCAGGUGGGAGUGCCGAGAGAGGAGCACCGGAGUUAGUCGACUAUAUCAGCCUGUCCGAGUACGGCAAAUUUUACAAUGCAGAUUUUUCCCUGGGGAUGAGUAACUUUAAUCAGAUGCAGCACGGAAGGGCUAGCAAAGUGGUUGAUGGAGAUGUUGGCAAUAAUUUGCCUCUUCCUUAUUAAUUGAUAGCCAAAGUAUUCAAUGUCCAACGUUUGGGGGACAAAGGUGAUCAUCAACCAGAGCUUAUAUUUUUUUCGUUGCCAUCUCUUAGCCGCCUUACCAUUAGAUUUGUCAUUGGAAACAAUUUCUGUUGCUUUAGCCGCCUCUUUAAUUGGAAUUAUAUAAAAAUUUAUUAAUUAAAGAGGCUGCUAAGCUUCAUUUCUCGAAUUCUUUUCACAUUCAACUUUCUGGGUUCAGCUGGAUUUGAACUUUUAAUGGCAUGAUUAAAUUUCGUUGUUAG